GUGGUCUCUCGCACAGCCACUGUGCUUCGGUGCUUAAGGUUUGGUCUUGUAUCUUUCCUGAAGCAGGAUGAAUCUUGAAGUUGUCUUUGCAUUGUUCUGUCUUUCAGUUCGGGGCCAGGAGAAUGGACUAGACGGUGGUAAGAGUGGAGGAUCUUCUGGGAGAGGCACGGAAAGAGGCAGGCGGGGACGUGGCCGAGGCCGAGGUGGCUCUGGAAGACGAGGGGGAAGAUUUUCUGCCCAAGGCAUGGGAACUUUCAACCCGGCUGACUACGCCGAGCCGGCCGGCACGGAUGAGAACUACGGGAAUAGCAACAACAACACGUGGAACAACACUGGCAGCUUUGAGCCGGAUGACGGCACGAGACUUGAUUUCAUUGGGGGUGAGGGGUCAAAUUAUCCCCGAAAAUUUGACACUGCUCCUGGUGCGUGGAGGGCAGCGACGGAAGAAUGGGGCACGGAGGACUGGAAUGAAGAUCUGUCUGAGACAAAGAUCUUCACUGCCUCCAAUGUGUCUUCAGUGCCUCUGCCUGCCGAGAAUGUGACAAUCACAGCUGGACAGAGAAUCGAUCUUGCGGUCCUGCUAGGGAAGACACCCUCUUCUAUGGAGAAUGAGUCAACAAACCUGGAGUCAUCCCAGGCUCCUUCCCUGGCCCAGCCGCUGGUGUUCAGCAAUUCCAAGCAGAGCGCGAUAGCUCAGCCGGCCUCUGGAAACUCUUUCUCUCACCACAGCAUGGUGAGCAUGCUGGGGAAAGGGUUUGGAGAUGUCGGGGAGGCCAAAGGCAGCAGUACCACAGGUUCUCAGUUCCUGGAGCAGUUCAAGACAGCGCAGGCUCUGGCUCAGCUGGCUGCUCAGCACACCCAGCCUGCCGGGAGCACCACUGCUUCUUCCUGGGACAUGCGAUCCACUACGCAGACCUCGUCUCUCGUGCAGUAUGAUCUCAAGAACCCAACAGAUUCUUCUGUGCAUAGUCCCUUCACCAAGCGUCAGGCCUUCACGUCAACUUCAACCAUGAUAGAAGUGUUCAUGCAGGAGAAACAGACUGUGGUGACUGCCUCUGCAACUGUGCCGGCACCCUCUUCCUCACCGCUGCCCAGCAAAACCAAUCCUGUUCCCCAGAUGUCCCCAGGGUCCUCGGAUAACCAGUCCUCCAGCCCCCAGCCUGCACAGCAGAAGCUGAAGCAACAAAAGAAAAAAGCAUCGUUAACAUCAAAGAUUCCUGCGCUUGCAGUGGAAAUGCCUGGCUCGGCGGAUAUCUCAGGGCUAAACCUGCAGUUUGGGGCGUUACAGUUUGGUUCGGAGCCUGUUCUCGCGGAGUACGAAUCGACGCCCACAACAAGUGCCGCCGUUAGCCAGGCUCAAAGCAGCCUGUACACCAGCACGGCUAGCGAAUCUUCAUCCACAAUUUCGUCCAAUCAAAGCCAGGAGUCUGGUUACCAGAGCGGCACAAUACAGACAGCAACAUUUACCUCCCAGAACAGCGCUCAGGGACCACUGUACGAACAGAGAUCCACCCAGACGAGGCGAUACCCAAAUUCAAUCUCCUCCUCGCCCCAGAAAGAUCUGACCCAGGCCAAGAAUGGUUUCAGUUCUGUACAACCCACGCCGUUACAAACCACGCAGGCCGUUGAAGGUGCUACAGGCCCCGCAGUGAAAUCUGAUUCCCCCUCUGCUCCCAGUAUCACGCCUCUCAAUGAUGGGGUGUCUGCCUCGUCCUUGCUGACGACAGCCAGCCAACAUUCGACAGCUCUGAGCAGCCUGAGCCACAGUGAGGAACUCCCCAGUACGACCACCGCCCAGCUCAGCAGUACAUUACCCACCCAGCAGAACAGUCUGUCCUCAUCCACAUCUUCUGGGCGAACGUCAACUUCAACUCUUCUGCACACAAGUGUGGAGAGUGAAGCAAGCCUCCAUUCUUCUGCUAGCACUUUCUCCACCUCCUCCAGCACAGUGUCAGCCGCCCCACCAGUCGUAAGUGUUUCAUCCAGUCUCAGCAGCGUCAGCAGCCUGGGCCUCAGCCUCAGCAGUAACUCCACGGUGACGGCCUCGACUCGCAGCUCCGUUGCAACAACAUCAGGUACUUUCCUGGGUACUGCUAAACAGGAGGAGGGUGUUGGGGGCUAA